CAUGUGUGUCUUCGACAGCAGGAUGGCGUAAAAGAGCCACUGAGAGCAGAACGCGCGCGCGCACACGGGCUCGUGCGCAGUCGGAGUCAGUCUGUCCGCGCACUCUGCGUCCCAAAAGCGCAUCAUGGAUUCAAACACGAUUGAGAUGCUUUUACAACUCCUUUUCAUCUUUCAGUCCAUCACGAGCUCCGUCUGUAAAGUGAGCUGUGAUACUCCACUGGUGUCUAAUCUUCCUCCAUCAGCUUUCAGAAGUUCAUCCGAGCUGUCAAAUAGUCACGGACCAGGCUACGCUAAACUCAACCGCAGAGACGGUGCGGGCGGUUGGUCUCCGUUGGACUCUAAUAAAUAUCAGUGGCUGGAAAUCAACCUGGAGCAGCGGACGGAGAUCACGGCCAUCUCCACGCAGGGACGGUACGGAAGUUCGGAUUGGGUCACGCGUUACUUCCUCAUGUUCAGUGAUACGGGUCACAACUGGAGACCGUACAGACAGGAGGACAGCAUCGGGGCUUUUUCUGGGAACUCUAAUGCGGACAGUGUGGUGAUGUACAAACUACAGCAUCCAGUAACAGCCCAAUAUCUCAGAUUAUUACCACUGGACUGGAAUCUGAAUGGCAGGGUUGGUUUGAGAAUGGAAGCGUAUGGAUGCCGAUACAGGUCUGAUGUUGUCAGUUUUGAUGGCAGCGGUCACUUCAUCUACAGACAGGAUCCCAAUGCUCCUUCUAAAGACAAAGAUCUGUUAACCCUUAACUUCAAAACCCUGAUGAACUCUGGGAUGUUGGCUUAUAUGGAAACUCUCAGCGGUCUCACAUUCACUGUGGAAUUAUUCAAAGGAAAACUCUUACUACAAGCUAGAAAAGCUAGAAGUGAUUUUCACAUUGUAAUAUCAGUGGGGAGUCUGUUGGAUGAUCAGCACUGGCAUCAUGUUUCCAUCGAGCGGAUACGAACACUUGUGAACUUUACUGUGGAUAAAACUACACAACAGAUUCAACUGCCUGAACACUUGAGUCAUUAUGAGAUAAAUGAGAUCAGCUUUGGUGGAGGCGGUGGACUUCAGAAAUCUCACUCCAAAAGAAAUUUCCAUGGAUGCCUGGAGAAUGUGAUUUUCAAUGAAAUGAAUGUGAUAGAUCGGGCCAAAGAAAAGCACGUCACUAUUACAGGUGACGUCAGCUUCACAUGCACAGAAUCCAUCGACGUGCCCGUGACCUUCGGAAAUCCUGGAAGUUUCUUGUCUUUGCCGUGGACCGCCAGCGGAGAGGGCGUGUCGAUCAGCAUGCAGUUUAGGACAUGGAACGAAGAUGGUCUGCUGAUGACCUUUGACCUGCAGCAUCAUGCAGGAACGCUGUGGCUUUAUCUGAGCGAGACGAGGAUGAGACUACAGAUCCAUAAGACUGGGAGGAUUGUGGUGGAUGUCACAGCAGGUGUUAAUUUAAAUGAUGGUCAAUGGCACUCUGUGGAACUGAACGUCCGGCGGGGUCGACUCACGAUCACCCUGGACAAAUCUGACAGCUCUACAACCUCCACUUCCCUUCCUGUCGUACCUGACGGCCAGCUAUUCCUCGGAGGAUGCCCGAGUGCAGAAAAACACAGCGCCACCUGCAGGAAUCCCUUCAGUGUGUUUCAGGGCUGUCUGCGCCUCAUUCAUUUGGACAACAGUUUAGUGGAUCUUAUCAAAGUGCAGCAGAUGCUGUUUGGGAAUUUCAGUGAUGUACAGAUGGACAUGUGUGGAAUCAUGGACAGGUGUUCACCGAGUCACUGUGAACAUGGAGGAAAUUGUUCUCAAUCGUGGAGCACGUUUCACUGCGACUGCUCGGGUACGGGCUACAGCGGAGCGACCUGUCACAGCUCCAUUUAUGAGGCGUCGUGUGAGGCCUACAAACACAAGGGAAAUACGUCUGGAUUUUAUUAUGUAGAUGUGGAUGGAAGUGGCCCCAUUAAACCCCAGCUAAUCUACUGCAACAUGUCAGAUACAGUCUGGAUGGUGAUUCAACACAAUAACACAGAGCUCACCAAAUUAAGAUCGUCCUCAGAGACGAAUCAACAUUUAGCCCACUUUAACUAUUCGGCCGAUGCUGAGCAGAUUCAGGCCAUCAUCAGUCAGGCCCAAUACUGUGAACAGGAGCUCUCCUACCACUGCAAGAAGUCACGGCUCCUGAACACACCAGACGGUUCUCCCUUCACCUGGUGGAUUGGUCGCUCAGGUGAGGCUCAUAUGUAUUGGGGCGGUGCUGUGCCAGGUAGUCAACAGUGCGCCUGUGGACUCCAGGAUAACUGCGUGUAUCCCGAACACUUCUGUAAUUGUGACGCAGACAGCAAAGACUGGUCUAAUGAUUCAGGUGUUCUGGCACAUAAAGAUCAUCUGCCCGUUUUGGCUUUGGCUGUGGGUGAUGUCAGCAGACCUGAUUCUGAAGCGGCGUAUAAAGUCGGACCCCUGCAGUGCUCCGGUGACAAUAACUUCUGGAACGCCGCAUACUUCAACAAAGAGACGUCGUACCUGCACUUUCCCACGUUUCACGGCGAGCUGAGCGCAGAUAUCUCCUUUCUAUUUAAAACCGGCUCAUCUUCUGGGGUUUUCCUGGAGAAUUUGGGAAUUAAGGACUUCAUCCGGAUUGAAUUGAACUCACCCAAUGAAGUUGUCUUCUCUUUCGAUGUUGGGAACGGUCCUCUGGAAGUGAAGGUGGAGACCCCGGUGGCUCUGAACGAUGAGCGUUGGCAUCACGUGAGAGCCGAACGAAACGUGAAAGAAGCCUCGCUGUAUGUGGACCAUCACCCUGGAUCGGUUCAGAAAGCUCCUGUGGAUGGACACAUUCAUUUACAACUCAACAGCCAGUUAUUUGUCGGGGGAACGGCGUCCCGUCAGAAAGGUUUCCUGGGAUGUAUCCGCUCGCUGAAGCUGAACGGGAAGACUUUAGAUCUGGAGAACAGGGCAAAGAUCACACCCGGUGUGACGCCCGGCUGUCCGGGUCACUGCAGCAGCUACGGUGACCUGUGCCAAAAUAAAGGGUCCUGUGUGGAGAGAAAUGAUGGAUUUACCUGCGACUGUAAACUCUCAGCGUUUACAGGAAUCUUCUGUCAUAAAGAGGUUUCUGCCUUCUUCAAACCCGGCUCAUCAGUCACAUACACGUUUAAAGACCCAUACGAGUUAAGCAGGAACGUCAGCGUGCAGUCGUCCUCCAUCUACUCUGAUUUAACAUUGAGAGGGGAGAAUAUUUCUCUAAGCUUCAGAAGCAGCCAGACUCCAGCGCUCCUGCUUUAUGUCAGCUCGUACUACAGAGAAUAUCUGGCCGUCGUGCUGAACAGAAACGGACAUCUGGAUAUCAGAUACAAACUGCAGCAGGAUAGAGACGCUGAGGUUUUCCGAUCCGCUGCGAGAAAUCUGGCCAAUGGUCAACUUCACCGGGUUAGCGUCAGGAGAUUCUCAGACACGCUCAUCAUUCAGGUGGAUCAGCAUGCAAAAGAAGUUUUCAAUCUAACAUUGGAUACUGAAUUCAAUGCCGUCAAAUCUGUUAUCAUGGGAAAAGUGCUCGAGUCUGAUGAGUUGGAUCCAGAGAUGGCCCGUGUCAACUCUCUGGGUUUCACCGGAUGUUUGUCUGUCGUUCAGUUUAACUCCAUCUCUCUGCUGAAAGCGGCACUUCUGUAUCCAGACAAGAGUCCGGUGACGGUCACAGGAUCUCUGACUGAAUCCAACUGUGGAUCAUCUCUAGCAUCCAACCCUUACGCCGCAGAAACAACUCAUUCUCUAUCAGAUCAUUUGGGUUCAGUAGAUACUGGUGAGCCAAUAGUCAAUGCAGUCCACAGUGACUCGGCUCUGAUCGGAGGUGUCAUUGCAGUAGUGAUUUUCGUGACUCUCGCGGUUCUGGCCGUGAUGGCUCGAUUCCUGUUCCGACGGAAGGAGACGUUCCAGACCCAAGAUCCCAAAGUAGGGAAAACGGAGGAUAGUCCCGAGACGCCAUUUAACACGGAUCCACAGAACGUUAUCAGUGAAAACCAAAAAGAAUAUUUCAUAUGAUGAUCUUUCAUCUUAUAUCGGACUAAUCCUGUAUAUCUGACGGACGGGAAGCUUUGAUUCUAGGGAUAUUAACAUUGCCAGGUGCUUUAUGGAAAACAGAGACUGUCAGCCGCAGACAACAGCAGUGGAUGAACGAUCCGGCUCUUUUUGUACAUAAAACGUUAUUGUCCAAAAAUUUGGCACAAUAGUAUGGUUUCUAAGGUGUGUAUGAUGACAUUCAUUGGUUGUAAAUAUUCUUUUGAAAUGAAACUUUGUAAUGUCACGUUCUCCUUUUGAAAGAUUCAGUGGUCAUUAUUACAUUUAACAAUAUUCUUGCUGAUAUAAAUCAACAGUUUAAAGAAUCAAAUGUUGUAUAACUAAAUGAAAAUAAAUGUCUGAACUGGA